AUGACUUCAGAAGAGAAGCUGUGGGACAGUCUGAAGGCUGAAAUAGAGAAAGAAACCUUUGAACUGGACUCGUCACUGGGUUCUGAAGCUGUGGCAGAGGAAUUGCGCAUCAUGUUACUGGGUGCUAGAGGGUCUGGAAAAAGCUCAUCUGGAAACACCAUCCUCAGAUGCAACGCCUUCAACACAGAUAUGCAGCUGAGCAGAGUCACACAGUUCUGUGAAAGAGCAUCUGGAAACAUCAAUGGGCGACCUGUGGCCAUAAUCGACACGCCGGGACUGAAUAAGAUCAAUCGAAUUGAGAAGGAAGUUAUCAGGGAGAUCAUGAAAUCUGUCUCUCUCUAUAAACCAGGACCACACGUGUUUCUGUUGGUUCAGCCGGUGGGAAACUUAACCAAUGAGGACAAGAACAUGCAUAAAUUAAUCCAGAACAUGUUCGGGAAGAACGUUUGGAAUUACACGGUUGUUUUGUUCACACACGGAGAUCGACUAGAGGGGAAAAUGCCAAAUGAUGUGAUUGCCAGCUCAGACAAAGACCUCAGAGACUUUAUCCGCACAUGCAGUGGUGGAUUUGUGUUCUUCAACAACAAGAACACGGGAAACUUUGAGCAAGUGACUAAACUUCUGGAGAAGAUCGAUACCUUGGUGGCCAUCAAUGGCAGAAGCUGCUACACAACGUCAUUUUACCCGAACUCAGAGAGAAAGAUACGUGAAAAACAAGAGAAGAUUCUGGAGGAGAGACAGGAAGAGAUUGCACGAAAGGAGAGAGAGCUGGAGGAGAAUUAUGAAGAGAAGGAGGAGUUAGAGAAGAAAAAGCGUGAGCUCUGGAGAGAGGAAGAGGAAGAUGCACGGAGACUAGCUGAGAAUCCACCAAGACGCAAAACUCUGAAAGCAGGUCUCACCAGAGCCCCCUCAUCUGUAACGAGAUCACAGAUCAUUCUUUAAGCUAACCAUUUUAUGAGCUGUUCAGGAACUUUCUCAUGAGUGAUGGAGAUGAAAC